CCCGGCCAUCUUGUGGGAAGAGCUGAAGCAGGCGCUCUUGGCUCGGCGCGGCCCGCUGCAAUCCGUGGAGGAACGCGCCGCCGAGCCACCAUCAUGCCUGGGCACUUACAGGAAGGCUUCGGCUGCGUGGUCACCAACCGAUUCGACCAAUUAUUUGACGACGAAUCGGACCCCUUCGAGGUGUUGAAGGCAGCAGAGAACAAGAAAAAAGAAGCCGGCGGGGGCGGCGUUGGGGGCCCCGGGUCCAAGAGCGCAGCUCAGGCCGCAGCCCAGACCAACUCCAGCGCGGCGGGCAAACAGCUGCGGAAAGAGUCCCAGAAAGACCGCAAGAACCCGCUGCCUCCCAGCGUCGGCGUGGCGGACAAGAAGGAGGACAGCCAGCCGCCGGUGGCGCUUAAGAAAGAAGGAAUAAGACGAGUUGGAAGAAGACCUGACCAACAGCUUCAGGGUGAAGGGAAAAUCAUUGACAGGAGACCUGAACGACGGCCACCUCGUGAACGACGAUUUGAAAAACCCCUUGAAGAAAAGGGGGAAGGAGGAGGAGAGCUGUCAGCUGAUAGACCCAUUAUCGAACGGUCUAUCCGAGGCCGUGGCGGUCUUGGAAGAGGUCGUGGCCGCGGACGAGGAAUGGGCCGAGGAGACGGAUUUGAUUCUCGAGGCAAACGUGAAUUCGAUAGGCAUAGUGGGAGUGAUAGAUCUUCUUUCUCACAUUACAGUGGCCUGAAGCAUGAGGACAAGCGUGGCGGCAGCGGAUCUCACAACUGGGGAACUGUCAAAGAUGAAUUAACAGACUCCCCCAAAUACAUUCAGAAACAAAUAUCUUAUAAUUGCAGUGACUUGGAACAAGCAAAUGUGACUGAGGAAACACCUGAAGGUGAAGAGCAUCCAGUGGCAGACACUGAAAAUAAGGAGAAUGAAGUUGAAGAAGUAAAGGAAGAGGGUCCGAAAGAGAUGACUUUGGAUGAGUGGAAGGCCAUUCAGAACAAGGACCGGGCAAAAGUGGAGUUUAAUAUCCGCAAACCAAACGAAGGUGCUGACGGGCAGUGGAAGAAAGGGUUCGUUCUUCAUAAGUCAAAGAGCGAAGAGGCUCACGCUGAAGAUGCGGUUAUGGACCAUCAUUUCCGGAAGCCAGCGAACGAUAUCACCUCUCAGCUGGAGAUCAAUUUUGGAGACCUUGGCCGCCCAGGACGUGGUGGCAGGGGAGGGCGAGGUGGCCGUGGGCGUGGUGGACGUCCAAACCGUGGUAGCAGGACUGACAAGUCAAGUGCUUCUGCUCCUGAUGUAGAUGACCCAGAGGCUUUCCCAGCUCUGGCCUAACUGGAUACCAUAAGACAACCCUGGUUCCUUUGGACCCUCCUGUCUGAGGUUUUGCAUGCUUAAGGAUCCCAAUCGACUAAGAAAUUUAAAAACAACAACAACAACAACAAAAGACUGUCAUUCAUGCCAUUCACACCUAAAGACUGAAUUUUAUCUGUUUUGAAAAUGAACUUCUCUCGCUACACAGAAGUAACAAUAUGGUAGUCAGUUUUGUAUUUAGAAAUGUAUUGGUAGCAGGGAUGUUUUCAUAAUUUUCAGAGAUUAUGCAUUCUUCAUGAAUACUUUUGUAUUGCUGCUUGCAAAAAAUGCAUUUCCAAACUUGAAAUAUAGGUGUGAACAGUG